GACAGCAAGACUCACAGCGAUCGUGCCUACGAGCAGAAAUGUUCCCAGGUCUUUGAAUAUCAAUCGCCAGAGGUCCGCAAGAUGCAUGCAGCGCAAAAAAUGCAAGAAAAGAAGGAGGAGGAAGAAAGUGUUCUCAAGCGCCGGGCAAAUGCCUUCUACAGUGACUUGUUUGGCCGCUCCGCUGCCUACGACAACCAAGAGGCUAUGUUGUCAGCUCGAAGGGGAAAGAAUCGAACUUCCCAUGAGGAGCACCUCAUUGUUCAUCAGGAUUGGAGCGACUGCCGAACUGAGCUGCUGCCAGGGGCCCGCAAAGGGCAGGACGCUACGCCACAAGUGCGCCGGAGCGAAGAGCUCCAUCAGGCCCGGAUCUUCGGCGAGGAGAAUGGCAGCUGGAAGAGCCCUAGUAAGUUGGAAGCGGUCUCUCACGACAACUCUGAGAAAAUCAAGUACAGUGAUGGCAUGAGCACUCGUCAGCUGCAGCAGGGGCAUCUGAAAGCUACCCUCCAGUCUGACGACUUCUACAAGAAUGCCAGCAACAUCAAGGAAUGGGAGGUAAUCGAGCUGCACGUCUCCGGCUUGCCUCAUGAUGCAGAUGACGUGCCAACCCCCUUUCGGAGGGGUGGUGCAGCACCGCCACCUAGCCCUCGCGAGGGUAAAGCCAAGGCCAAGGCCGUCGAGACUGGAGGUGCUGGGCGACUGCAGCAGAUUUUUGAAAAGUACGGCGGCCGGGGUCCUGCCAUCCCACAGAAGUUAGCAGCCUUCUUGGGGCCAAAGCAUGGUGAUCGGUCCAGGUCGAAGCAGAGCUGGGGCCGGGUUGGCCAUGUGGAGCAUCCUCAGCAAGCAGGCUCAUCCUCCAUCAGCCCAGAGGUUCUGGCCGAUCUCUUACAUGAGGUGGAGGGGGCGAUCGCAACUCCCUUUGGUGUUGGUGUGUGGGAAUGCCAGGACGAGAGAGGCUUCGUCCACGUCAAGUAUCCUUGGGGAGUGGCCGUGCUGGCAGCCAAAGAGGUAGAUGAUCGCCGCAGCGCCGUGCUAAGGCGGCACCUGGAUUCCUUGGAGUCGCUCUUUGGAUUGCUGGUGGCUGGUUUAGGCCGCUCAGAUGAUGCUGAGAGCGACUCGGAGACCGCGGAAGAAAAGAUGCCACAAGGUCUGGGCACAUUGAAGAGACUGCUUGCUUGGCUUGAAGAGGCGGCCUUGGAUCCAAAGGCUUCACACCAGAAGGAUUUGCUAGACCUGGCCUUGCUUCUUUCUGGCCUGGUGAGCGGCCGCGCAGAGCUCUUGAGGCUCGAAGGAAUCAGCAGCAAUCCUCAGCUACAGGCAGAGCUCAUGGCUGCAGAUGCGCUGCGCAUUCACUUGGGAUUGCUGGAACGACUGCAGCACCCCAAGCAGCCUCAGAGUGCUUUAGCAGAGCACUGCCGUAGUUGGCGACAGGUCUUGGAGCAAGCCAGUUCAGAGCAGCUGGUGGGAGGUGCCUGGCGGUUAGUCCGCCCUGGAGCAAAGCAAGCAGAUCCCUUGUCGGAAGAGGAAGUGCUUUCUUCCUUGCCCACUGCGCGGCGGAGCAACCUCGUUUUCCAAAUGCCCACAAGGCUGACCUCACGACCUGACAUCACGAGUGUGAAGGUCACAGCUGGCCCGGUGAUUAUGGGCCCUGCUCGAACCACGGUGGUGCGCCGUCCUUCCAAUUGCGUGAUCAACUCGCCUCUGACACGAGCUCAGAGGCCACCCACGCUUUCGCCCUUCAGUCUUCCACGGCCACUCAAUGGUACGCCGGCCAUCGCGUUCAGCGCAGCACUCCCUCCGGGCCCCUGCGUCGCGCCAGAUGUGGUUCGACGUUCCUCAGUGCCUGUGGCAUUUGCCCCAAGUACUGUUGGUGACCUGUCAAACUUCUGGCUGCCAGAUCGAAAGCCAGCGCCAGGUGAAGCCUGGAACUUCUCACCGCUGCUUCGCAGCAGGCUAGCUGCCCACCGUGCAGAUCCGGAGGAGACACCUUUGGACUCCUCCCCGGAGGCUGAAGGCAGUGAUUUGCAAAGCUCUUUGCCGACGGAGACGCCAGCUACAGCGUCUCCCCAGACGCCCACCACACCGCGGACACCACAGGCGUCCGAAGCAGAUGUAACUUGCUCGCUGGGUAGGUUGAAAACUCGAUCUCUCUAUGCGGGCGCACGAAUAGAAAGGAAAGUUGCCCAAGACAGGCCUCAGGCUGAUGGCACGAUCUCGCCGGUGCGCCGCGCCAAGUCUGAAAAGACACCGACGCAAGCCAGAGCUUGGCGAUGA